GGUUACAUAAGAAAUUAAUAAUCUGUAUUAUUUUUUUUUUCAGCGUUAAAAGAAAUCGGCUGAUUGAUUAGUUCACCGAAAGAAAACAGGGAAGAGAGGUCAAGCGAAUGAAGAAGAGCCACCUGUUAGGACACAUGUCCGCUGUUUCGGGACCUACAUGACAUAAAUUAAGGGGAAAGCUGUUUGUUUCAGAGAACCAGAAAAAGGCUUCACUGUGUGACUGUGUGAAAAUGACAUGGGAGUUCCCCUUAGGAUGGACACAUGUUUGAUGAUAGGUAUACUCCUAAUACUAAAAGUAGUUUUCUUCUUUUCUUUUUAUUUUUAGUUUUUACUUCAAACUUUUUUUUUUCUUUCUUCCUUGGAGGACUAAUCCUUCUUUCUUUCUAUGUGUCAGAACUCUAGUUUAGUUGUACUUCACAGUUUCCGAACGGUAAGCAACCUACCUACCUUCCCUUUGCUUUCCUUUGGCUUCCAAUCCAUGAUUGACUAAUUUUUUAGUAUUUUCCCAUCUUACUAUUCUAAUCCUAAAAGAUCUUUCCUGGGAUUUUCAAAUUUUGCGGGUUUGGAUUGUACAAUUGAUACGUGUCCCCUCUUCUUUUUUUUAGAAUCAUUUGACUCAUGAUUGACUUGAAGGGUAUAUUGGAGGUUGUGAGUUUUUUUGGGAGCUCAACUAAUACAAGUUCUCCGUGCUUAUAUGUAUUGUUCUAUGUUGUUUCAAGUCUGGAUUUUUUUCCUUCUUCUUCUUCUUCAUUCUGGUGACCGGAGGAAAGAGGGUUGCUAAAUUUCUGGAGAAAGAAGAAAAGGGUCGUGGUCAUAAUUAAAUUCAGAAGGAAGGAUUCCAUUUUCUGCCAUGCCAUAUAACUUGGGAAAUCUCAUUUAUGAUGAGUCUGUGAUAACGAACUGCGUCGAGAUCAGCGGGCUUGAUCUGAUAGCAAACACAUCAAGCUUGUUAUCAGAACCUGCAAUAACCAAGUUCCCUAAGAGGCCUUUUCCUCUUGAAAAUAAAAGUUACAGUACGUAUAGAGCUCCUCUAAAUGGGACUGGUAUUUUGACCCAAAAUGAUAAGUUGAAGAGAGGCGAACCCAAUCUCUUGCCUGGGGUAACUGAAAACGGUGAUGUGAAGUGCCAGGAAGUAAAGGCACAUGAUCCGAAAUCAAUUUCAAUAGCAGUUUCCAGUUCUCACAGUGUCUCAAAUGAUUCCAGCUGUUCUGGGAGCGGGCAGCGAACAUCUUUGAACGGAGAUUCUGGUACCCUUCUUUUAACCGUGGAUAAGAUCAAUGGUACUCAUCAUAGCAUCACAAAAUCGUACUCAUGGGAUCCUGCCAUUGCAGCUGAGAUUGUGGAAGAUCUGGUCUCUGGGGAAACACAAAAUGAAGUUGUCCUCAUUAAAGAGUCACCAGUGCCACCUUCCCUCCUUGAGGUUUCGCAGAAAAUGAAAGCAGAUAGACACAAUGUCAGUGGUCUAAAUACUGUGCCUUUAUGGGGGUUCUCCUCUAUUCGGGGUCGAAGGCCAGAAAUGGAGGAUGCUGUGACCACUUUGCCACGGUUCUUGAAAGUUCCUCGUGAGAUGCUCGUGGAUGUCCCAGUGUCAAACUCAAUUAAUCAACAUUUAUCAGCAGACUUUUAUGGAGUUUAUGAUGGACAUGGAGGCAGCCAAGUUGCUAACUAUUGCCGUGAUCGUGUGCACUUGGCUUUAUUGGAAGAGAUGAAUGUCAAGGACUCCCAUACUAGAUAUGCUGAGUGUAGUAGGAAGGAGCAAUGGGAGAGAACUUUUAUGAACUGUUUUCAUAAAGUUGAUAACGAGGUGGGAGGAACAAGUUCUGCAAGUCUUCCUCCUUUGGCUCCUGAAGCCGUUGGGUCUACAGCUGUAGUUGCCAUUGUUUGUCCCUCUCAUAUAAUUGUGGCCAAUUGUGGCGAUUCUAGGGCAGUUUUGUGCCGAGGAAAAGUUGCUUUGCCCUUGUCUGUAGACCAUAAAGUAAGGCUUAGUUUUUUGUUUUUUUUUUCUGGGUUUUCUUUUGACCUUCCUUUAUAGUCUUUUAUUGAUUUCAUAAGUUCUUGAUAUUAACUUGCAGCCAAACAGAGAAGAUGAGUAUACACGGAUUGAAUCUGCAGGAGGCAAGGUUAUUGAUUGGGGAGGUUAUCGUGUCUCUGGUGUGCUUGGAAUGUCAAGGUCCAUAGGUAUGAUUCUCCUAGUGCUACAUCUUAGUUUCCUCUGUUUCAACGAUCCAAACUGAGCUGAUUUCCGAGCUCUUGUCUGAUGAAACAUUUUACCUUGAUCUGACCAUUAUUAUUUCUAGAAUGUACACAAAACAUCACAAAUAUUAUGGAUCACAAUGACAGCCAAAAAUUUGAUGCAACGAUGCUGGAUUUUUUCCCUUUUACUUAUUGAUGAGGUCUUGACAUUUCUAUUUUCCCUCAGUUAGUAGAGUUUAGACAACUUUGGUAAAGAAAUGAACAUUGAACUUUUAUAAUGGUUAAUCCAAAACCGAUUGUGGUAUACCUGAUGAAGGAUUUCCUUACUUUGCAUUGAGCUUCCUGAGGAUUUUCACUCUGUUAUAAAGGUUACUCAGUCUUUGUUUUUGGCACUACAGGUGACAGAUAUCUGAGGCCAUUUGUAAUUCCAGACCCAGAAACGAUGUUUGUCCCUAGACAGAAAGAGGAUGAUUGCCUCAUAUUGGCUACGGAUGGCCUAUGGGAUGUUAUGACUAAUGAAGAGGUCUGUGAAGUGGCUCGAAGGCGAAUCCUUUUCUGGCACAAAAAGAACGGUGUUGCCCUUUCUAAAGAAAGAGGUGAGACUGUUGAUCCCGCGGCUCAAGAUGCGGCAGAUUACCUCUCACGACUUGCUCUUCAAAGGGGAAGCAAGGACAACAUCUCUAUUGUUGUCAUAGAUUUGAAAGCCGUAAGAAAGUUCAAGAAGAAAACUUAGUAAACCAUAUCAGUAAUCUUUUUUCUGGUAACUAAUAUAAUACAGCAGGUUUAGUCUAAUUGACAACCUCAGCAUAGACGCUUAAAAGUAGCAAUCUUCUAAUAUGGUGGACAUUUUUUGUUACCACUUAGCCCUAAAAGACUUGUGUGCCCCCAAAAGCAGCUGGACACAGAUGGCAACUGCCAUAAACUGGUGAAAAGUGACUUAACUUUUGAACAAUGGCAAGCAGAUUGUCCGGGAUCCAACACAAUCAAGUUUGCUGCAUCAACAAUAAAUCCAUGUCCACAUGAUCCUUAAAGACUGCUUGUUUCACAUCAAUAGCAGUAACAUAGGCUGUGGAUAUCAGUAAAUCAAAACCUGUCUUGAUGCGGUUCCAAAUCUAGGAACUAUAAAAAAUUAUUUCAAAGCGAAUGCCAUGUAAAUUCUUAAUAGUUUUCAACUCACUUGUGAACCAUGAGUGAGUGCGAGUCUGUACAUUCAUUGGUCCACCAAUGUAUCAUGCCCUUAAGUUGCAAUAUCUCUUAAAUUUCAGAGCGUGAAUUCUCCGACCAAUGAGUAGAUGGCAUGGCUCUGAAAGGGACCAGCCCCUAUUGGAGACCACCUUACUGAAACAGUUGCAAUUUCUAUCAGAACUAGUUCUCAAGAUCUCUGGAUUAAGCAGGAUUUAAAAGCAGUGGGAACAUAAAUCUCGCAAGCACUGUCAAGUAACCAGUUGCAGGAAUUAUGUCGCCUAUAUGACAAACGAUCUAAACACAUGAACACAUAAGAUACUUAUAUAACAUCAGACCAUGACAUGUAGGUACAGUACUCUUAAACUGGCUCACAUCAAAUGAAUAAUGGAUGGAGCCAGCUUCACUCUACUAAAGACUCAGAACUAGGCGAAGGCCAUGGCAGCAACUGUGUAAAUGUGAGAGUAUCUAAAAUUGCUAACAAGAAUGUUGAUGUAUUGAAUCAUCUGUAUAGGAGAACACCGAAGGAUGGGGCACAGACGAUGCCCCAAUUGCAUCAAUUUGGACUACAUAGAAUCAAUGACAUUGCAAAGGUCUGAGAAUAACUAGAUAUACAAAGUAUCACUUUUCCAGGCAGAAAGUGGUGGUAUUCAAGUGAUCUCAAAAACCAUUGUGAUAAAAAUAUCAAUGCUCACAACAAUGACAGGGCACUUCGCUCAGCAAAACUGUAAUACUCACAACAGUUGCGCUCUUUCUGUCCCUAAGUUACUAGAAGCUAACUACGUACAUAAUCAUUUCCAGGAUAAACUGGGGUUCAAAAGAAAGAGAAUGCACACUUUUUGUUUGGUCUCUAAUAUGUCCCAGCCUUUAGCAUGCCAAAAAAGUUUAGAAUGUUGCAAGGGGAGGACCAGCGCUGGUGAAGUAAGCGGCAAGGUCGAUAUCCAGAUCGUCAAAUUUACUGAGGAAAGGAUGCAUCUGGAAGACACAAAUUUGGACACUUAAGUCACCAUGCUAGAAGAAUAACAGUCUAAACUAGAAAUUCAAAUAUAAUCCAUACCAUGAGCUCAUUGGCUGACAGUCUAUCCUUUGGUUCUUUCUGUAUGCUGGCAGGAAAAAAAGCAAGGCUUGUUACAAACAUAGUGCGUGAAUGUUACAAGUAUAUUUCAGAAGCAUUCGAAGUGGAAAUGGCAGAAUAUCAUGCAUAGAUAUCUUAAACAUGCAGAUUUGAGAAAGCCAAGCAAAGCACGAUGGCUGUUGGGACUGACGAGGCGAUCAUUUAGGUUUUCUAGGGAAAUUAGUCAAGGUGCUUAUUUCCUAUUUAACAGCUCCUUAGAUUCUUCACAUAAAAAGGGAUUGAUUGUAAGAGCAGUUCAAAAGCACAACACCAAAAUCAAAUUAAGCUUAGGAAUGAUCUCUAGGGAAAUCAGUGAAUGAAUUGAACCACUUUCAGAUAGAUCAUCACCAACCAAAUUGUCUAGGAAAGCUUGAUUAACAAGAAGAGAUGAUUACCAUGAAGAGAUAAAUGAACAGAAUUCUGGAGAAAACAGAUCUGAAGGGGCACGAGGCGCAGGUUUGUCAACAAUGGUUUCCAUCAGCUCAUACACGUUAGUCCAUCCUUCCCCUGGCUGUGGGGGUGAAUAAGGAAAUUGACCGGUUGCACACUCAAGCAGAACCAAACCCAAGCUCCAGAUGUCACUUCUGUAACCGUAGUUGCCUCCAAUAAUCCUCUCUGGCUAUAGCAGAUAAUAAAUAUAUAAAUUAUAGGUGCAUCUGCUACCAUGUUCUGAAUUAGCAUAUUUUAGUUGAAUCUACUCAAAAGUUAAUCAAAUGCAAAAAAGAAAAAUCCAAAGACAGAAAGAAAUCAAAAUUUACUUUUUUAGCAUGUGGUCUCUACUAACAACAUGCUCUUAAUUAUUAAAACCAAGUGGCAAUCAAUCAACAAUAUACUUAGCCGAAAAGGGCCAAAACUCACAGACAUAUAGUUGUAUGUGCCAACAAAGGUAUUAGCAAGUCCUGAAGUGCUUGCUAGUAUUGCACUGACGCCAAAAUCAGUUAUCUUCACUUCACCUCUGUGGUUUAUUAGCAAAUUUGAAGGCUUUAAGUCCCUGUGGAUGAUAUGCUUUUCAUGAUGCAGAUACCACAAGCCUUUGAGUACCUACAUUGGUGAGCAACGGUAUUUGAAUCAAGCUAAAUGUGGAAAUCUUUCAGAUUUAAAAUUUGAGCCAAACUCGCUACCUGCUUGCAGAUGGCAGCAAGAUAUGGCUCUGGUAUAGUUCUGACUUUCUUUAGGAAAUCUGCAAGUGAUCCCCCAUCCAUGUACUCCAGGAUUAUGGAUAUGGCACCAUUAUCAUAAAAAGACUGGUACGACACAACAACAAAGGGACAUUGCGAGGACUGGUUGAUUUUCAGUUCCUGAGCAAUGUUUUUCCGAGCUGACUCUUCAAUAUUCAUUUGAAUAACCUACACGUAGAUAUUCUUAUAAAGCUAAAUCUUGGAAAAAAUAACAAGUACAACUGAAUAAGAUAAAGUGCAUGGAAAUGGGUCAUCAUAUCAAUCUAAAGAUUUGACACAGGUGUUUCACGGCUGGUUUAAGAGCACUACAGAAAAUUAGCCAUACAUCAUGGUAAGUUGGAACCCCUGAAGGAGACUUUUGAGAAAGUGAAGACAUGGUUCCUUAACCUAUUUUGCAAUUCAUGCAGUUCAGUUUUAGUUAUUUGUCCGCAUCUACAGACACAUGUAAAAAUGAAUGUGAAAAGUAUCAACAAAGAAUGACUUGUACGGUACCUUUAAAGCAAAGAACUGUCCUGUCCACUUAUGUUGUACCAGGCGCACGACACCUCCAUUUCCCUUCCCUAUAACUUUGAUUGCGUCAAAGUCCGCCAAGCUUAACUGGUUAUCUGAUGGCUGUAUAAGGGAUGGCUGGGCAAGAAAAUAGCAAACGCAUGAAGCCAAUGACAAGGGAAAAAGAAGAGACACUGAUUUGUUUAAAACACAAACGUGCCACUGAGAACUCUACUUAUUGAAGCUUGAAGCUAUUAACUUAUGGCCAUGGUGAAUGGCAAUAGCAGACAUUAACAAGUCUACAUAAAUAGGUUGCAAGUUACUCAGAAUAACAACAUGAGGUAGGACAAGCCGGAGUAAUAAUAUCGGAAGGAGCCUGGUAUAUAACUUAGUAUAAACUGUAAAAUUGCAUUUCAACAUCUCAUUCUCAACACCCCUGUUACUGGUGACAAGAUUAGAAUCCUAAUUAGUACACUCGACUUCAUUCACCCUCUUUUCUUGGAAAACGAACACAUGCCAUUUAGUAGGUCUUCAACAUUCAGAAAGAUUGGGUCUGCUACUGCUCCAUACAUUGCAGCCAUAUUCAAGAACCAAACUUUUCUUAAAAUUUGAAAGUAUAAAUGCAGCAGAUCUUAGUCAUCUAAGUUAGCUCCUAACCAAAAUCACGUCCCAGAAACUAAAAAAAGAAAAGAAAUUAAAGCCUUUAGUUUAAAGAAGUAUUACCGCUGCAACUUCAUUCUGAGGAACAAUUCGAACCCCAUCUCUGUUGACUAGCAGAUCACCAUCCUUAAACGUACCCGAUUCAGUCCUACAAGAAUCAAGCCCAUUGACAUCAGCCCACCAUUCAAAAAAUGAUCUUUCACCCAAAUAAAAUACAAAAAUUGAGGCUUACAAGAACUUAGAAAGAGACUCUUCAUCCGGAGGAGGGAGGUUAAGCUUGAGGUUAGGGGCCAAAAUGCCCUUCUUCAUACUUGGAUAGCAAAGCUGAGAGAAAUUAGGUGACUGAAGAAGUCCCAAUAGCAAACUCCACCAGUAUUUGAUUAUUUAUUCUCUGUAAGAAUGAUGAUUAUGGUUCAAUGACUCCUUUGGGGGGUCACAUACUCACAUUGAGUGGAGCAGUAAAUUGAAAAGAAAUGGGAACAUGAAAGGAAACCGCCAGUCUUUGGAAGGCGAGUUUUGUCCUUUUUAACUGUACUAAUUAUGUUCUUUAAAGGAACAGUACUAUUUUAUGAAAAUAUUUUUUAAAAAAAUGUAAUCCUGUCAUUGAGUUCAUAAUUGAUAUAGAAGUAUAUUUAUAUGAACUAUAAUCAAUCUCGGCUCGAAUCCGAAUUAAUCACAUUUGAACACCGAAUCAAAAUAUAUCAAAAAAUAGUGAUUCACAUAAUAAUCAUUUUGGAACCGAAAAUAACUUCUUUCUUUAAUUUUUUACUUGGAUUGUUGCUUCCAUGAAUGAAAAAUCAGUUAGAAAAAUUUUCAUUUCAAACAAAGUCUGUG